AUGAAGUUAGCAAACUUUUUGUUCACUUUCUUGCUUCAAGUCUGUUUCCUAUGGAGCGGGGCGCUGGCUCAACAGACAGAAAUAGUCAACAGUGUUGAAACCUUUCAAGAUUGCCCCGUUGAUCUGUUUUUUGUUCUGGAUACAUCAGAAAGUGUUGCUUUAAGGGUAAAGCCAUUUGGAGACUUAGUUGCACAGGUGAAAAGUUUUACCAACCGGUUCAUUGACAAGCUAACAGACAGGUAUUACCGGUGUGACCGGAACUUGGUGUGGAAUGCCGGAGCUCUGCAUUACAGCGAUGACGUCGUGCUGAUCAAAGGGCUCGACCGAAUGCCCGCUGGACAAGCUGACUUAAAGAGAAGAGUGUCUGAUGUGAACUACAUUGGGAAAGGCACCCAUACAGACUGCGCCAUCAAGAGAGGGAUUGAGGAGCUGCUCAUCCGCGGCUCCCAUCAGAAGGAGAACAAAUACCUGAUUGUGGUGACAGACGGACACCCCUUGGAAGGGUACAAAGAGCCGUGUGGAGGACUGGAAGAUGCUGCCAAUGAAGCAAAGCAUCUGGGGAUCAAAGUGUUCUCCGUUGCCAUCUCUCCUGACCAUCUGGAACCAAGGCUGAGUGUUAUUGCCACGGACAACAGCUAUCGUCGCAACUUCACAGCAACCAGCCUGAUAGAGUUUCCGGUAGAUACUGAGAAUACAAUAGAAACCAUCAUAGAUAUGAUUAAAAAGAAUGUGGAACAAAUGUGCUGCUCCUUUGAGUGCCAGCCUGCUAGAGGGCCUCUGGGACCACCUGGGGAUCCAGGAUAUGAGGGGGAAAGAGGAAAGCCAGGUCUUCCCGGUGAGAAGGGAGUUGCUGGAGAGCCAGGCAACCAAGGUGACCUGGGACCCAUUGGCUACCAGGGGAUGAAGGGAGAAAAAGGCACUCGAGGAGAAAAGGGCUCGCGAGGAUCCAAAGGAGCUAAGGGGGAGAAGGGCAGACGUGGCAUUGACGGCAUAGAUGGCAUGAAGGGGGAGAGUGGAUUUUCUGGAUUGCCAGGCUGCAAGGGAUCACCAGGAUUUGAUGGAUUACAAGGCCCUCCUGGACCUAACGGAGAUUCUGGUGAUUACGGACCCAAAGGAACGAAGGGAGAACCUGGGGAGCCUGGGAACGCAGGCAGACCUGGGAAAGAUGGAAACUCUGGAGACAAGGGACAAGCUGGCAGUCCUGGUGGCCCUGGAGAGAAAGGGGAGUUGGGGGAUGAGGGCGCUCCAGGCCCAGUUGGCCCAUCUGGAGAAAGGGGAGACAAAGGAGAACGAGGGCCACUGGGCACCCCCGGCACUCGUGGGCCCAAAGGAGACAAGGGUGAUCUUGGCCCACAAGGUGACCAAGGACGGGAAGGACUGCUCGGAGAGCCCGGAGCCCCGGGUGAGGUUGGUCCGAUUGGACCCAAGGGGUACAGAGGAGAAGAAGGACCCAUGGGACCUGAGGGCCCCAAAGGAUCCCCUGGACCCAUCGGAUUCCCUGGAGACCCUGGCUUGAUGGGUGAAAGGGGAGCGGAUGGCAUUCCAGGAAAUGGCACAGAUGGUCCUCCGGGCUGCCCAGGCAAUCCAGGCAACAGAGGAGAUCCUGGUCCUAAAGGCCUGAGAGGCUAUCCUGGUCCCAAGGGCGAUGUUGGAGAAGUAGGAGACGCUGGGGAAGAUAAUCGCGUCCCGGGUCCCUCAGGUCCUAAAGGGUCCAAGGGUUACCGAGGCCCUGAAGGCCCCCCGGGACCUCCCGGACCCCCAGGGCCUCCAGGACCAGAUGAAUGUGAAAUUUUAGACAUCAUAAUGAAAAUGUGCUCUUGCUGUGAAUGUAAAUGCGGCCCCAUCGACGUGCUCUUCGUGUUGGACAGCUCGGAGAGCAUCGGCCUGCAGAACUUCCAGAUUGCCAAGGAUUUCAUCAUUAAAGUCAUUGACAGGCUGAGCAAAGAUGAGCGUGUGAAGUUUGAACCUGGGGAUUCCCGAGUGGGUGUCGUACAGUACAGCCAUGACAACACCCAGGAGCUGGUGGCUAUGGGCGAUGCCAACAUUAACAACAUCGGAGCCUUGAAGGAGGCCGUGAAGAAUCUGAACUGGAUAGCGGGUGGCACCUACACUGGGGAAGCCCUUCAGUUCACCAAGGAGAAACUGCUGGCGCGGUUUGCCUCCGACAAGAGGGUGGCCAUCGUCAUCACAGACGGACGGUCUGACACGCUGCGGGACCUCACCCCGCUCUCCUCGCUCUGUGAAAUCAACACCCAGGUUGUUUCCCUGGGCAUAGGUGACAUCUUCCGAGCAUCCCCUAACUCGGAGCAGCUCGGUGUCAUUGCUUGUGAAGGCACAUCCUACCGCCCGGGACUGUCUGUUCAAAGGGACAACUACGCUGAGCUGCUGGAUGACACGUUCCUCCAGAACGUGACCUCAUAUAUCUGCCGAGAGAAGAAAUGUCCAGACUACAGCUGCACAAUCAACUUCACAGGGCCAGCUGACAUCACUCUCUUGGUGGACAGCUCCACCAGCGUUGGGAGCCAGAACUUUGAGCUCACCAAGAAGUUUGUGAAGCGGCAGGUGGAGCGGUUCCUGACAGCGCACAUGCCUUCGGAGGACUCUGUGCGCGUUUCCGUUGUCCAGUACAGCGGCAAGAACCAGCAGAGAAUAGAGGCACAGUUUUUGCAGAACUACACAGAGAUCGCCAAAAUGAUUGAUGACAUGGAGUUCCUUAAUGAUGCCACAGAUGUCAAUGCCGCCCUCCGGUACGUCACCAACCUGUACCGGCAGUCUUCCCGGGUCGGCGCCAACAAAAGGGUACUGAUCCUAUCAGAUGGCAACUCUCAAGGGAUCACAAGAAAUGACAUAGAGAAGGCAGUGCAGGAGGCUCAGCGGGCGGACAUUACGAUAUACGUGCUGGCGAUAGGCAGCCAAGCCCACGAGUCCAACCUCCAGGCCCUUGUUACUGGGAAGACCAAAGAGCAAAAUGUGGCCUAUGAGGCGAACCAUCUCUUCCGAAUGCCUGACUACAACUCCCUGCUGCAAGGUGUCUUCUACCAAAAAGUCUCCAGGAAGGUCGCUACUGAGAAUUGA